GCGCUAGGCAAACAAAACAGUUGAGCACGUGGGUACUUGGCCAGCGCCAGUGCAGUGCGAGUGUGCAUAAAUAUAAAGUCUGCUGAAUGUUUGGAACGGUGUUGACGCAAGAAUAGUCCUGAAAUGACGAUGAUGGUUUGUAUAAUGUUAAAUUCCCAGGUGCUGUAAAUAUGAAUUCAUAAAUGAACUCCACCAUGUCCGAGAUGGCAUCCAAGUCCGUCACUCCAUCCGACGAAGGCUGCAUUGAGGAUUACAACAAAGAGAUGCUACGACAGGCCGAAUUGCAGUCUGAACUGACUCUCAGACAGUCAAAUGUCAAGAAACUGACGCAAGACGUUCAUGUCUUGGCAGAGGAAGUAAAGAGGGAAUGCUUAGCUGAAAAGUGGGGUAGUUGUCCGCGGAGUGAUGGUACACAGCGAGCCAGGCCAGAAGUGCAGGCCGCAGCACUCUGCAGCGAGGUUGCAGAAAACCCGGAUAUACUCGACGAUAUCCUGAUGAAGCUUCAAUACCAGAAGGCCAAGCUGCAGUCAGAGGUCGCGCAGGUCAUGUCAAAGUUGAAGGACUAUGACUGAAGUCACAGCUUCAGCCCAACAGUACCUGGAAAUGCUGAAUUGCAAACUUGUCGCCGCCCUCAUUUGGCAGACCAUGGACUCUGUGCACAAGUACCCCCUCAACAGUUACAAAGGGAGAGUAUGGGGAGACCACUAGGAGCGACAGUUGAACGUAUUGCUCAUUGUGCUGACGCUCAGGCGAAUACGCUAUAGGUUUGCGCACAUUUAGAAUAAAAUAAGACGUGCACACUUCGCUACAUACACACACAAGUGUGUAAUUUGCCUGCAAUCGGGGACACCCUAUUGUCCCUCUUUUGUUUGUACUCUUAAACUUUUUAGGAAGACCUCCCAUAUGUUUUGUACACGAAUCCAAAUUGGGGACCUCUCGGGAAUUGGGGGACCCUAUUGUCUUCUAUUGUUCAACGUCCCCUAUUGAAUGCAGAAACAAACUCACACAAACUGGUACGGGCAUGUGGUGUGUUCCACUCCCUGCUGCUAAUUUUUUUCCCAAGCGGAACGGAUUUUCCAGCUUCUGAUUGGUCCAUUCCGUGCAUAUCUAAUGCCUUGUUCUCGACAACACAAUCUCAACAUAGGCUUUACCUCUUGUGAGAACGUCUUGUGAUUUAAACGUCUUGUGAUUUAAACACCCUUAUUCCUUAUAAUUAAUUCUCAAAAGCCCAGGACAUUCUAUGAAUACUCAUAACUCAGAGAGAGCGCCCUCUUUCGAUAUUUUUGGCUCCUGCUUGGGGAAAAAAACAAAUGACGUCCCUCUCAGGCGUGGUUGUAGAACCAAUA